GCAUGGCGAAGAAGAUGCUAUAUCUUCCUUUUGAAUUGAUCAUUGAAAUUCUUCUGAGGUUACCAGUGAAGUCUCUACUACGUUUCAAGUCCGUUUGUAAAUCAUGGUUUUCUCUCAUCUCUAAACCCAACUUUGCAAAUUCACAUUUUCAAAUUACGGUAGCAACACGUACUAGUAGGAUUCUCACCCUAACACAAACUCCACCUCGUAAAUUUCAAUCUAUAGACUUUGAGAUUAAUAGUGAUUCUGUUUCACUAAACCAUAAUUUUUUGCCUCCACCUUAUACUUAUUGUCAAAUUAAAGGUUCAUGCAGAGGUUUUAUCUGUUUGUACAGUUUUAGAGACAUCUGGAUAUGGAACCCAUCAAAUAGAUUUCACAAACAAAUACCUUUGUCUCGUUUUGGUUCCGUAUUACAUAACUUUACAUAUCAUCUAUAUGGUUUUGGUUAUGAUCAGUCAAGAGAUGAUUACGUGGUGGUUUUAUUGACCUGUUAUCUAAUAACUAAUUUUUCAUGUGUUUUGGAGUUUUUCUCGUUGAGAGAUAAUACAUGGAAUGAAAUUGGGAAAACUCACCUCACUUAUUUGAAUACUUGUCAAUGCAAAGCAGGGUCAUUCAUUAAUGGGGUUGUUCAUUGGAAAUUAUUCGAGAUGCCUCUUCCAAAUGAUUUUCACCAUUCUCGUGAAAACUAUGGUAUAUGGGUAUUUGGAGAAUUUCUCAGUCUAUGGGUUAAGGAUUAUCCUAAUAAUACAACUGAAAUAUGGGUGAUGAAAGAAUACAAACUGCAUUCAUCAUGGACUAAAACUCUUGUAAUUUGUGCUGAAGGUGGCAGUUCUUUUUAUAAACCUGUAUGUCGUACAAAAAGCGGUGAUAUUAUUGGAAAAGAUCACGAUAGAUUGGUGAAGUAUAAUGAUAAAGGACAACUGUUAGAGUAUCUCCACAUAGAUCGGUAUGCAGACGACUUGGCCAUGUAUACAGAGUCUCUGUUUUCACUCCCCGGUGAACUUUGACCAAGCAAGAAGAAGAAUGAGGUUUGAAAUAUUCUCCAUUUUUUUUUCUUGAUAUUUAUAAUUAAUCAUGUUGUAUUAUGAAAUCUCAGCUGGCUGCAUUUGUCAUAUUUGUAU